CGCAAUACCAUUCGUUGAUAAAAAAUGUUUUAACAUAGUAAUAAAAGCUUAACAGUAUAAAAUACCUGUUUAAUUUUGUUUUGUUAUUAUUUAGUGUCGUUUGCGAAUAAUUUAUUAGACAUUACUUCCUUAGUUUUGUGUUUAAUAUUUGACAUUUGUGCAACGGAUAGUGUCGGUUAUUAUGACUGGUGUACCGGCAAGUUAUGGUACUAGACUUACAAAAGAAUUAGAACGAUUAAAAAAGAGUCCACGUCCAGGUAUAGCUUGUUAUCCCAAAAAGGAUAAUGAUAUUACGAAUUUAGAAGCCAAAAUUAUGGGUCCAAAGGAUACUCCAUAUGAGGAUGGUGUUUUUCAUAUUGAUAUUAAGAUUCCUGAAAGAUAUCCUUUUGAGCCACCAAGACUACGUUUUGUUACUCCUGUUUAUCAUCCAAAUAUUGAUGAAGGUGGUCGGAUUUGCUUAGAUCUUCUUAAGGCCCCACCGGAUGGUGGCUGGAAACCAACUAUACCUCUGGAGAUACUACUUGUCUCUUUACAAGGGCUUUUAGAGCACCCAAAUCCAAAGGAUCCUCUAGUAGGCGAAAUUGCUAAAAUUUAUAUAACUGAUGAAGAAAUGUUUAAGCGAAAUGCUAGAGACCAUACAAAAAAGCAUGCCAUGCAAAGCUUUGAAGAUUGCGCUGACAUGAGAAGCGUACCUCUUAAAAGAAAAGGUACAGACCUGAGUGAAGGUGGACCAUCAAAUAAAAGAUAAUUAUUUCCAUCAUCAAUAUGUUAUUGUUUAUUAUUUGAGUUGAAUUUUAUAAGUAUAUAUUUAAUAUCAUAAUGCAUUUAAACUACAAUUA